ACACCAUGGUGAAACACCUCCAGUCUGCAAAUGCCUAUCGGAGUUUUGCUGAGUUUCGCCAGGAAUCCAGUACAUUGCACUCUCUCCAGCAUCCCUGCAUUGUCUCGCUAGUGGGCAUCAGCAUUCAUCCACUCUGCUUCGCCCUACAGUUAGCCCCCUUGGGUAGCCUCAACACAGUGUUGGAGGAAAAGCACAAAGGCAAAAGCUUCAAGUACAUGCCGCUUGGACACAUGCUAACCUUCAAAGUAGCCUAUCAGAUUGCAGCAGGACUGGGAUACCUUCACAGAAAGAGCAUCAUCUUCUGUGACCUCAAAUCUGAUAACAUUCUGGUGUGGUCUCUGGAGGUGCAGGACACGGUCAAUGUUAAACUGUCUGACUAUGGGAUCUCUCGACAAUCCUUCCAUGAGGGGGCUUUGGGAGUUGAAGGCACACCGGGCUACCAGGCUCCUGAGAUCCGACCAGGCAUCGUGUAUGAUGAGAAGGUGGACAUGUUCUCCUAUGGCAUGGUGAUGUAUGAGCUCCUGUCUGGGCGGAGGCCAGCGCUGGGACACCACCAGCUUGAGAUAGCAAAGAAGCUCUCAAAAGGUAUUCGGCCAGUGCUGGGUAGUCCACAAGAGGUUCAGUUCUGCUGCCUGCACAACCUGAUGACUGAAUGCUGGGACACUAAACCUGAGAAGAGGCCAGUGGCAAUGCAUUGUGUGAGGCAGAUGAAGGAGCCUAGCUUCGCCUGCCUCAGGUAUGUAUUGCCCUGUGACGUCAACUCUCAGCUCUUCCUGUCCCAGCUCCAAGGAUAUAGUGCUGUGUUCUGGAAUGACGAGAAGGAGGACAGGAACUACAGUGUGGUGAAUGUUAACAAGGGUCAGGUGGAGGUGAAGAGGAUGGCCUGUCCAGGUAGCAGGAUUAGCUGUCACAUGAAGAUGGGGAACACUCUGUGGAUGGCAACUGAGGAACAGGAGGUGUUCAUCUACAGCCUGAAGGACAUGUGUCCACUCAGUCAACCCCAGAAGCAGUUCUCCUGUCCCGCCAUCAUCACUUGUUUGUUUCCUGUUUCAGCGAGAGAGCAGAGCCUGGACAAAGUGUUUGCAGGGAUGUCGGACGGUCUGUUGGCGGUGUAUAACGUAGUGGAGGACCUUCCACUAGAAGGAGAAACAUACAUCUGCUCCCACACCCUGAAUAAGACAGUGUUUGGUCUGAAGGAUUCAGAUCCCAGGCAGAGACCUUAUCCCAUCAGGACCAUGGCUCUCGUUGGCAGUGGAUCCCAGUUAUGGUUCUCCAAUGGCCCGGGCCUGCUAGUUAUAGACUGUCUGAGUCUUCAGGCAGUUUAUAGGCUGGAGACCUAUAGCCCACCAUCUUCCGUCAUAUCUUUGGAAACCAGCUUUAGUCUAUGGGGAGAAGAAGCAGUCUGGACUUUGGAUGACUACACGAACACCCUCUUGCUCUACCAUGCUGCCUCCUACGAGCUCUGUGCCAAGUACUGGCGUGGAGGUGAUGUGAUGGUCAUCGAAAUACAGCCACUUGCUAAUCAGCUACAGGGCCGCGUCAUUGCUGUCCUCACUCCGCCUGGAUGUUCGUAUUUGGGAAUCCUGAGGGAAGCAGCGCUAGUGGCGAAGGACACAGUCGUAUGUGGUUUUCAGAAGGAAAACAUGGAGUGGUGCCUGUGUGUCUGGAGGGCCUGGGGCUGCUCGGAGCUGGAAGUCUUCUACCAGUCCUAUGAGAAGCUGGGCCACUUGGAGACCAACAUGAGGAAAAGAAAGUAGUCGUUUUGUUGCAACAGCAAGGUGCAUAAUCCAAUCUCUGUAUGGCAGCUGAGCCAAGGGGAAUGCACCCUGACAGACUGCCAGUGUUCAGAGUUGGGGGUUGUGGAGCACUGACAUCAGGGCAACCUGUGAGGCAAACCGGGUCUCCAAUGAGGGAUGAUCUUGAAGCUGGACACCACUGAAUACUUCAGUACAAUCAUAACUUUAAACCAGAAAAAUUCUGCGAAAAUAUAAAAACCAUGAAGCUGAAUCACAGAAUAAACUUUGGUUGAUGGCUGUGAUUCAGUUCAAGAUGUGGUUGAGUAUGUUGUGAGGUGUUUGAUGCUGACUGUACCCCAUCAUUGUUUCUUAGCCUGUUUAAGUCUUCCUAAAGCUCAGUAUACGUUCUGGAGGUGACACAGUGCUGGGAGACUCUGAAACAACAGACACCGAUUAUUUAAAUUAAGUGAUUUAAGAAGGUGCUGUUGUUCCAACUCUGUGUUGCUGUAAGCAGACAGCAAGUCGUAAAUGUGUUGCUGGCUGUUAUAGUUUAAGUCUAUAUUUGCUAAAUUUCUUCAGUUUUGUUUUAAACGGUGCCACGUGAACCUGGAUGCAAGCUGCAGCUCAAACUGUAAACAGCAAACUAACAUCCGCGAAUGUGCAACAUUAUUAUGGAAGUUUCUCAGUCUUCACCAUGAAAAUGUUUUAUCAGAUUCUUACACAUAAAACAUUUUGUGUAAAUGAAGCUCUGUGGUCCUCGCUGCUUCUCUAUUGUGAUCUGUAAAACACCAGAAAGGAUUCAGCAUCUUCAACAGUUCACCUCCCUAAUAAGUAGCAGCUUUUGUUGUUACUGGCCUUCACAGGGUUCAAAUUACACUCAGUUGCACAAGAGACUCACAGGACCGACUUUCUUUCCCAGAAUGUCCAGUACUGUUGUUUUGCCAAAACUAUUAGUAUUUCAGAGAUAAGCACAAGGUGUACUCUAGCAAUGGUCAUGGCAAUAUUAGAGGUAAAGAGCAAAUGUCCCAGUGUGAAAGGCCAAGAAAGUCCUCACAUUCAUGUACCAUUUGGGAGGGUGGUAUUUGUAAUUAUUUAAGUUUGUUCACUCAUAGGUUCAGGGAACUAUUUGUGUUCUGAUUAAAAUAUGUUCACUGUAAACGUUUUACCUGCACACUGCAUGUAUAUGUAAUGUUCUGGGGUCAUAUUUUAAUAAUCUUAUGUUGUGUGACCAGCCUCACAUUAUGCAGACAACAGAUGCUUGUUGUGCUUUUUUUCUUUUUAAUUGCCUUAAUACAAAAAAUGUUCUUAUCUCAUCAGGAUGUAAUUGUUAUCUUAUCAGCUGUACAUAAUUCAUUCUUUUUUCAUUUUAUUGUCAACAAAUAAAUAACAGAAUAAUUA